CUCAGCUCCUUAAGACACUUCACUUUGACAGAGGCAGUUUGGAUCACUGUGUCGGAGUCUGGGGUCUUUAUCUGUGAGCUGAAUAAUUCAUCAGAUGGCUGGACUGUCCUUUUAUUUUCUCAGUAACUCCAUUCUGGUUGUCCAUCUUGUACAUUAUUGUCAGUCUCGGUUAAUUGGUCCAAAUCAGCCAAUUAUUGCAACUGCUGGAGAAGACAUAACUUUGCCAUGUCACCUGGUACCAGGAGUAAAUGUUGCUGCAGUAACAUUGGAGUGGACAAAACCUGACAUGGACCCAAGAUUUGUGUUUCUGUGGCGUGCAGUAAAACCUGCAGAUGAGGGCAGAUACAGAUGUUACAUUCCAGACAAGAAUGAAGAAGCUUUUAUUGAUCUUUUGGUCGCAUCGAGUGCUGUCUCCUCACCUGACAUCAGCUUAGAAGGGAUUGACAGAGACAAGACAGGAGUGAUGUUAGAGUGUAAAUCUGAAGGUUGGCACCCAGAGCCUGAGCUGCUGUGGUUGGACGGUGAGGGAAACCACCUCUCUGCUGGACCUACAGAGACCCUCAGAGGUCCUGAUGACCUCUAUACUGUCAGCAGCAGAGUGACUGUGGAGAAGAGACACAGCAACAACAUCACCUGUAGAGUCCAACAGAGGAACACCAACCAGAGCAGAGAGACACACAUACAUGUAUCAGAUGAAUUCUUUGAGCUCACAUCCAGUUCUGCUCCCGUUAUUAUUGGCUUGGCUGUUAGUUUGGCUAUAAGCAUCAUCUUGAUUUUAACUGGAGUCUUUUACAUCUGGAGACAAAACAAAACAAAUGUCAGGAGAGCCCACUGCGAUGCAUGUAAAGAACAAGAAACAACAACCCCCCUUAACCCCUCUAAGUUUCAGGUGCUGCCCUUUUGGCUCUGCAACGCACCUGCAAUUUUUCAGAGACUCAUGAACUCUGUGCUUGCUGGCCUCAUUUAUAAAACGUGUGCAGUCUACCUGGAUGACAUUGUUAUCGCCUCACCUACCUUUGAACAGCACUUGGUGGAUCUUGAGGAGGUGCUGGGCAGACUCCAGGCUGCUGGUUUGUCAUUAAAGCUCAAAAAGUGCCAAUUCUGCCUCGAUGAAUUCACCUUUCUCAGGUACCGCAUCACAUCAUCAGGUGUUAAGCCCGAUCUAGACAAAGUAAAGGUGGUUAAGGAGUUUGAUACCCCAACCUCGGUGAAACACGUUUGUCAGUUCCUUGGCCUGCACUGCAAAUUCCUUGUAGCUUGACAAGAUUUAUUGUCUUAAAUUUAGCCAGAUUAUCUUGUCCAUCUUGUUUUGAACAUUACAAGCUAGUUUCCAGUCUCAUGUGUUAGAUGAUUAAACUUGUUUCAAGUAUAUAUUACUUUUUUUUCUUAUUUAGUCUGUAUAUCUAAAAAUGAACCAUUUUACAUUUAUUUCAAGCAAAAAUAGCUUUUAGAUAGAGUGUAAAACAAAAAUUAUCUCAAAAUAAGAAACAUUCACCUUUUUCCUUGAAAUAAGAAAGUCACUCAUUGGAAGGUAUUUAUUUCAGGUUUUUAAAGAAAGGACAUCUUCAAGGUUAUAUUUUGUCAUAACAUAGACACUGUUUCUGAAAUUGACUGGGUAAUAUGACGUAAAAUCAAGUAGGUUUUCAACAUCAGUCAGUUCAGUUGCUUGGGCAAGGUUGGGAAUUGCAAUUUCAUAGGCAAGAAAGUCUUUGUUGAAACCCAAGGUUUCAUACACCUGGUAUUCAAAACAAUAAAGUACACUAUUAACAAUAAAAAUGUUUUUUACAAGUCCAAAGAUAGGGUUUAAACCAUUUGCUGAAAUGAGUAUAAGAGACCUGUCACAGAUGUAUUUGUUUCCAUGUAAAAUAAGCCACUUUACUCUAACGGCAUGAUGUAUAGCAUCUUCAAUCCCCAAAAAAUCUACAACCUUUGAUUGCAAAUGGUCCAUAUUAGCAACCUCUGAUAUAGGACCUAGUUCUUUCUCAUUUACAAAUAUCGGAUGCUCAGUUCCUGCUUCACUUUGGCAACACUCCAGCAGCUGAUUGUGGUUUACAAGAGACUUGCACACAUUCUUAAAGUUUAAUUUGGAUGACCAUUGUUUAAAAAAAAACUGUGUUUAGACUCGAAUCUCAUGCACAUAUGACGUAUUACAGGUCCCAGGGCAAUAAUUUGAGAGGGAAGAUGCAGCAUGUAAUGUUGCUUUGGGAUUACAUUUUUUUCUGGGAACAGUUGCCUGAAUUGUUUAAGAUGAUCUUCUAUCAUUUUUUUAGUUUGGACACAGUUUGUAAAGACACAACUGGGGCAAAAAGUAUUUUAACAAUUUCAAUUAAAUCCAAAAUAAACUGAAUAAAGGAAUUUUUCUCUACAACACUGUACAAUAAGAAUGGCAAAAUCUUGAUCAAUAUAAGCAUUUGUCCAGAGGAUUGUUUGAGUCUGUUGUCACUUGAAGCUAAAGUAGCAAUACUAAUUGGUAAAGGCUUGUCACGUAUGUCCGCUGAUGAAAAAGGAAAGUUCUGCAUGGCAGAAUUAAACAAGUCCAAUUCCAAAUUUCCAGAUAAAACAAGGUAUUUCAACACACACUUAAUUUCCAUUGGUGCCACUCCUUCAAGAAUUACAUGCAUAAUAUCCUGUGGCAUCUGCUCUAUGAGAUUAAAACCUGGGAAAUCAACUAAUUUGCUUUGUCUAUUUAUGCCAAAAGUCAUUUUGAGCGAGGAUUUCAAAAAUUCAGUAGUUGCCCUUUCUAUUUCAAUGCACUGCCUAAUGUGUCCGUCUGGUGAAACUAUGUUCAUUGAAACUUUCUUGCAUUUCAUCAAAAGUACACUCACAAUGACGACAUUUGCUAUACGCAAAACCAACUCCUUCCUUAAAUCCUGCAAGCUCAUGCUGGGCAAGAGUGUCUCCGCAGCUAGUUUGGGAAAUACCAAGUUCAUGGGGGGAGGGGGGUAUUACAAACUGUAGCUGUAAAAACAAAAAAUGGUCACAAAUAAGGUAAAAUGAAAUAACACCUAUAAGAGUUUAUUUUAAAUCAAUGAAGAAGAAAUUUACCUAUCAUACUGACUGUGUUUUAUGAACGUACAAACCACUAAAUUGUAUAUAGAAGCAAAAAUUGAGAUGUCCACCCCCUUCAUGUUCUAUGUUAGUUGUUACCUAACUCCGUUUGAAUUUGGAGUCACAGGAAUCUUCUGCACUUGAGCGUUGAAAGACAAAAUGUAAGAGAAAACUUCAUCAAGGAAGAGAGGUAAGCAAUUUUAAUUUUUCGAAUGUAAGUAGUGUGUAGUCUAAUCACUGUUUUAAAGUCAAGCGGACAGAGUAAUAAAUUUAAUUUGAGCGUGGGAAGGAGUAAUGUAGCAUGCUAACGGAUGCUAGCGUUAGCUUAGCAGCCCUCGCAUGUGGUUCAGAAAACAGUUAGUGAAGUAUCUACUGUAAUGUUGUGAGAAUUCCUAGCUAUGCUAUUUAUAAGGGGCAAUGUUAGCCGUUUGUAUUAACUUAAGUUAAUAGGCACAUUGAGAAUUUCUUUCAAUUAGCAAGAGAGCUAAUUAACCACAUUCACUAUCACAGAAACCUGAAACAACUUCUUCACCCUGGGUAGUUGCUACAGGCCCUCCAACUGCUGAUGCUAAUGUAGGCCAGCUGAAAACCUUGCAGCUCCCCAGUCCUCCGGAAUAUGUUGUGUACACCGACAGUGAGUUGGAGCAAUGCCGAAAGAGUUACCUGAAGUUGGCCUGCUCCGGCAGGGAACAAGCAUGCGUCAUGUCAAAAGAACUGAGAUGCAGAUUGGUGAGAAAUACAAUCACAAGUAUGGUGUCCCUUUUGAGAGCAAGCCAAGGCCAAAUGGAGCGAUACCCCUCUAAGACCGAAAUCACUGCAAUGGCUAAAAAAGUUGUGGAAUAUUAUCCUAUGCUGCAGGAUAAUGAUGCAAGCGUAAAACACGAGAGCAUUAAUGCCAAGUUACAAAAAAGGCUGCAAAAUAUGAAAACCCCAGUAAAAAGGCAAGGACCAACACCGGAGAGGGGACGGCCCAAGAGAAGGCUCACUGACCUCUCCCCAAGGGAUGAAGAAGCUGAUGAUGAAGAUGCUGAUCGCAGUUCUUCCAGUGGUGCAUCUACUCUGUUAUCACCUGUCAGAAAUUCUGACGAUGCCUCCACUUCAUCUGACAAGGAUAGUCGGCAAAUACAAGCAAGACAUUACAAAACAUUACAAGAAAUGUGCAAGAAGGCAAAAACCAAACCAAGAAGAUGUGUCCCAGCUAUUAGACCUCGAGUUUGAAGCCAGAAGAUCCUUCAUUGACUCAGACACCAUGAAAGAGGAGAACGGAGCUCGCCUCAUCUUGGAUGCAUAUCCAUGCUUUAAAGAAUUGCAUCAUGCAUUGGGUGAGCUUC